AUGGGUUGGAGAGACACUGUCAAGCUUGGAAAGGAUGAGUCGAGCAGAGGGACAGCAGAGGAGCACGUAAAGGAGGUGCCGAAGCCGUCUAUCGAUGGAAGCACUGCCAGCUCGAUCAACGAUAGCCGUCGAUGUGGGCCGUACCUCACGCUGACGCCCCCGGAUGAUGAUUCCGAAGCACGCAUCCAGAGAAUCGAAGAGCGCACUUUGGCAGCGCGCGCCAUGACAACCACCAUCGGGUCAACACUUGAAUCCACUACCCUCGAACGCUUGCCGCUGCGCGUUCGCGGGCGUAAAUACGACUCGGCUUUCCUCGAGUCCCUCAAUCUGGAAGCAUUCAACGGAGAAGAUGCUCAAAGGACGUAUCGAAGGAUGGGCUGGGCGAUUCCGAUCAUGUGUCUUGCCGGCCUCGGAUUGAUUGUGGUGGGUCAGGUUCUGUACUGGGCUUGGGUCGAUCCCAGCCAGCUGAGGAAUAUCUCCUGGAACUAA